AUGUCUAAAUCCCUAAUCACUGGUAAAAAACAACUCACGGAAAGAAUAGCUAAAAAAACUAAGUAUCCGCAAAAUCAAGUAAUUACAAUAAUUGAGGAAUUAUUAGAGCAAACCAAAAAAGCUCUGGUUAAAGGGGAAGAAGUUAGGUUUAUUGGCUACUAUUCUCUAAAAACUACUAUGACUAAGCCUCGUAUGGCCAUGAAUUUACAAACUAAGAAAAAGAUGAAAGUUCCUAGUAAAAGAGUGCCUAAAUCCAAAGCAAUUAAAUUAAAGAAUUUAAAUAUUGAGCCUUUAUCUGUCGCUAAGUAUUUUUAUGGGAAAGGAUUUGAGGAUUAUCGGCUGAUGCAAGAUAUGAUUUAUCUCACUUACCGAGAAAUCUUAAAAAAAGAAAACCAAGUCUUAUUCCAAGAAAAGUUUCAAGCCUGA